UUAGCAUGUUGCGAAAAUAUUAGCUAAACACCCAAUUAGCAUUAUAAAACCUCAGUAGAUUCAAAUUAGCCAAAAAAAACUACCACCUUGCUUAAAUACUGGGUAGACCCCAAAAUUACUAUAAAAUUCCUCAAUAAACUAAACAAGUUAAAAACGUUAGCCUGUUGCUUAAAUAGAAGCUAAACUCUUCAAAGGCAUUUAGUCAUGCAAAUACUAUAUUGUAUGCUAGUUGCCUGCAAGUUUGAGUAAUUCUAUAUCUGAGGUUUAAGCAUAAGAUACAUACACCCUUAUGGAGGGUUGACCUGUGCGGGUGCUGCAGGUUUUUGGGUUGUUCGGGCUGUUAGACCGUCGUAGAGAGCAGAGGCUUUGGGGGAAUGCAAGUGUAUCUUGUCUUACAGGUGUGUCUGGCAGUUCCCUUAAGGAUCGUGCGGUCAGGGGGCAUCAUGAAAAUUGAAAGUACCAUUGAUGUGCAUUUGUUUUCACUCAGCCUUUAUUCAGCUUUCACCCAUCGCUCACCCAGCGUUCACCAAGACUACGUCCACCCUUCAUCCAGCCUUCAUUCAGCCUUCACCAAGACUACGUCCACCCUUCAUCCAGCCUUUAUUCAGUCUUCACCCAGCCUACAUCGAUCCUUCACCCAGCCUUUAUACAGUCUUCACCCUGCCUUCAUCCAGUCUUCAUCCAGCCUUCAUCCACCCUUCAUCCAGCCUUUAUACAGCCUUCACCUAGCCUACAUCCAUCCUUCACCCUGCCUUCAUCCGGUCUUCAUCCAUACUUCAUCCACCCUUCAUCCAGUCUUCACCCAGCCUUCACCCUGCCUACAUCGAUCCUUCCCCCUCCCUUCAUCCAGUCUUCAUCCACCCUUCAUCCAGCCUUUAUUCAGUCUUCACCCAGCCUUCAUCAAUCCUUCACCCUGCCUUCAUCCGGUCUUCAUCCACCCUUCAUCCAGCCUUCACCCAGCCUACAUUCAUCCAUCACCCUGUCUUUACCCAUCCUUCAUCUAGCCUUUCUCCAGUCUUCCUGCAGCUUUCCCUCAGCCAACAUUCAUCCUUCAUCCAAUCAUUUACCCUUCAUCAAGCCCUGAACCAGCCUUGAUCCAGUAUUCACCCAGUAUUUAUCCAACCUUCAUCCAGUUGUCCAUCCUGGACUGGGGAGCUGCUCAAAGGCUCAAACUGCCGUUUUCUUCAACUUCUUGUUUCUAUCUCGCUCAACUUGAUAAUAAACUUGAGGACACCAACCAUGGUGUCCAAAGAGUUCUACGAAGGGCAGACAAGGAGGAACACCCCAUCACAUGGACAUUUUCACUGAACAACUGUUUUGUUGUUCUGAGGGAAAAACAAACAUCGACUUUGGUGGACACAUUUACAGAAAUGUCAGGGGGUCACUGACUGGUACCCCUGUGACAGCAGAGGUCUAUCAGAUAUCCUCUUGAUGUUUUACCCCCUGUGCACUUGAACCUUCACUCCACAUUCACGUUAGAGUGACAGACAUAAGAGGAAGGUGGAUUUUCAGACUAAUAAAUGUCUGUCUUCCUUCAGGUCAUUUGGCUUUAUGAAAGAGAAUUUUGGAAUAAACAUAGAUGUCAAAGAA